AUGUCACUCCUCUCAAUUCCUAUCGAGCUCCAUCUAGAGGUCGCUAGCUACUGCAAAAAUGAGGAUCUAGGCCACCUUAUCAGAACUCAUUCUUUGCUCAAUAUGCGCCUACAAAAUGAGCUUCACAAACGCGCUCUAUCGUGGAGGCCCGAGGGCUUGCUGCAUGAUAAAGAUGACGGAUAUGGUGGUCUAGCUAGACCCCUUGAUGAGAAUGAGGGGGCGACCCUGGAAUACGCACUCGUGUAUAAGCGUCAUCACCUCGUGGAUUACCUCCUCCGCCACAACAUCGCUGGAAUUGAAGGGAAUGGCAACUGGUCAGCAUUACAGUGGGCUACUAAAUGGGCCCCUUUUGAUGUCAUGAACAAGCUGUUCGAGUACGCCAUUAAUGGACCCACACCCUUGAAUACAGACCAGGUAACACGAAUCCUCGGAAUCUAUCUGGACCGCGUACCGCAGAAGCUCGAUGAACUCCCCGAGCCCAAGUGCGGACACGGAGAUUGGUGUGAAUGUGGAUGGGCUGUGAGCGAGGAAGAGCUCCAAGUGUUCCGGAUUUUGCUGCUUCUAGGCGCAGAUCCCAUGGGCGCAUCGGCCAUUGUACUCGAUCCUGAGUACAACCCACCUACCGCUGUGCCUUUUACCUUCCGCGCCAGGAAUGGUGACAUUCUGAGGCUCCUUGCUGAAGCCGGGGCUGACAUUCACUGGCAACCACCUCAAACUACUACGCAGAUUAUGCACAGCACCCAUGGUAAGCGCCUGACUACUGUGCUAUACACAGCCUGUUUUGAUCCCGAGUUCCCAUCCAGCGUAGUUCUCGAGCUCUUGAAGCGGGGCGCCGACCCCAAUUGCCAGGGGCCUGCUAUUCCUCAUGCCGAACGAGUCUUACCUCUAUUCGAGACAAUGAUACAAAUUACUCACCCAAAGAAGUCAGAGCACCUCCUCGACUACGGGGUCGAUAUCAAUACGAGAGAAGAGGGAGGUGAGUACACGGAAUGGGACUCGCAUGGUAACUUUCCCAUACACCAAGGCAUAGAACUCACAAAAGACUACGCCGGGACUUGGGCGCGUGUCAUCUCCCGUACACCUGACCUCGAGGUCCGCAAUUACGACGGGGAGACAGCAUUGCAGGCAGCUAUCUCAUGCGGUUCGCUUCAGUCAUGCGGCUCGCUUCGCUAUGCACGCCUCCUCAUAGAAGCUGGCGCAGACGUAAACGUCCGAGAUCAAGACGGCCGGGGUCUCCUCCGCCUGCCCUUCCACAUGUCUGAAGCUGACGGCAUGAGCGGCCGAAACUACUUCCUCGCCGAGCGCAUGCAUUUUCUGGCCAAUUACGGACUCGAGACUCAGAAUCUAGACCUAAUCCCUACGGAGGAGGCAUUGGAGUACGCCUCGCAUUUAUGGGAUAAAUCCUGCGCGUGCUCCGCUUCUGAAUCCGGAUUCAAGCUUCUCUAUCAAUUUGAGCUAUAUUGGAAGGUCCUAAUGAACGUUUUGGAUGCACUAGAGAGGGUUCCGGAUAGAGGAGGUACAGAAGGACGGUGGUUUCGUGAUGAAUUAGAGAGUGCAUAUUCCACGAGGAAUGCAGUGGCUGAGAUGCGGAAGACUAGAGAAAGAAUUGGGGAGCGCUAUGCGGAGCUACCGUAUAGAUCGGAGGACGGAGUGGAUUCGACACAUUGGCUACCGCAGCAAUGGGAUGCUGAGCGUCAGAAGGCUUGGUGGAUUAGGGAUGAUUAA